ACCUGGGUCCACCUUCAGGGUCACGUGCCCUUGAGCACACAACUUUUUCCAUGACAUGCAAAAGUCUUCCAGACAGUUUGACUGACAAAUAUGUUGAGUGAAGAGGAUCAGCAGGACCGGAUCCGACCAAACGUCCAGUCAGCUCAGACCUAAGACAGAACCUGGAGACUGACGGCUGUGGAUCCUGUUUCCACCAUGAGUCUGUUUCUGGUUCUGAUCUUGUUCCUGCUGCCAGCUGUGAAUCCAGAAUCUGCAGCCUUUUUUCCUGAAAACAGCACUGGUCUGAACUUCGUCUUUGUUUUUCCAGAGAACAUCGUCUAUUAUUACUCUGCUCAGUCCCUCAAUCAGUUCCAAGUAACAGCUUUCUUUAAUGACACCCAGAUCAGUGUCUUCUCAUCCACAGUUUCAUCAAAGACUCUGAACGCAGGACAGACUGAGGUUUUCCUGAUCGAUCCUCUGAUGGCCCUGAAGAAGGAACAUGUGUCCAACAAAACCGUUCAAAUCAAAAGCAGCAAACACGUCGUGGUCCACGUCAUCAUUCACAGGAAUAACAGUGUGCAAACUGCUGUGGUGAUGCCAACUGACAAACUGAGCACAGAUUACAUCAUCCCACAGGUGCCCACAAUCAGAGGAACCACGGCACCCUGGGAUUCCGGCGUAAAUAAUGCAACUGAAAAAGGUCCAUUUCGAGUCAUUGUAAUCAAUACAGACAAACAGAACUCUGUAACUCUGGAGAGCAAAGUGGACAAACCUGGCAGUAAUUUUGAACUUCAGCCAUACCAGAGCAAACAGUUCUGGGUAACUGAACAAGGACAAGAGCAAACUCUGACAGCCACAGAGCCGGUGGCAGUUUACUUUGGCCAUCCGUGUGCCAUCCGCUACAACUGCACGUGUGGCCUGCUUUACACUGUGCUGACACCAGCUGAAGACAACACGCUGAAGUUCUUCAUUGCUCAAGAUCUGGUAGAAGAUGCUGGAAAAGAAACAUCUGUGCUUGUGUCAGGGAAAGAAUCCACCACAAUCCAAACCUUUGACCAGAAGUCUCCUCUGGUGGAAGUCUCUGGUUCAGCUAUCCUUUACCGGCCUGGAUUGCUCCUCAACCUGAUCUCAGAAAAUGACUUUGCAUCCUGUUUUACAAUCAGUGGCAUCAAAGAUAUGGAAAACUUUGCUGUAAUUGUUGUGCACAAGGACUAUAAGAAUGGAAUCUGCCUGGGAAAUGAACCGCUCCAGGAUCCAAACUGGCAGGAGCUGAUGGGUACUGAGUACACAUCCACCAAGGUUAAACUGCAGUUGGGGACAAACGUCAUCUGGCACAAGUCUUUCAAAGUAGCUGUUUAUUUCUUAGGACAGAAGGGCAACACUGUGUUUGGGAACUCGGCAGCCCUCGUCAGCAAGAACCCAGAUUUCAGAGGUUGCAGCUUAUCCCCAGAAAUCCUGGAUAUCGGUAAUGAGGCAGGUGGCUGGCGUGAGUCCUUGAAGUACUGCAAGGACAAGAACCUGGACCUGAUCAGCCUCCCCACACCUGCGUUGCAGAAUCACAUCAUGAGGAAGCUGAACCAGACCAAAAUCGGCAACAAGCAGGUGUGGAUCGGCUUUCGAAUGAGCUCCUUGAACGGGGAGUGGUACUGGAUGAACAGCGAAGCUGUCAGCUACACCAACUGGGAGGAGGGGAAGCCCAGCGGGGCGGACAGUCGCCUGUGUGCCAUGAUGAGUCUGGAAACCGGCAAGAACUUCAGCUGGCACAAUGAGGACUGCUGCACACACGCCCAUCCUCUGUGCUACAAAGCACCAAUGUUCUUACCUCUGUAGCACAACAGCCCGGCGGGCGAACAGGAAACCUGUACGUCCUCCACAUGUAACC